CACAACUGCCCCAUCCUAUCUCUUUAAAUGACACGGAGCCGUGCCGCUCUGCGCGUGUGCGUGCAUGUGCAUGCGUGCGUGUGUUUGGGGGAGAAAUUACGCGAGCGCUGCUAGUGUUGUGCCGGAGGACGAUCGAAAACACAACACAGGCGCCCCCGUCGUUCACCUUCAAUCGCGUCGUAGAGGAAAAAAGGAUUCUCAUCGCUUCUCCACCUGCGUGUGAAUGCGCUUCAUAUUUGGACCAGCCGGCUGCUCCUCCGUCGUGUCUAUGGGAUCCGUGGGUGCAUUGCUGGCCUCACGAUAGGAAAUAGCGGGCAGGGCGGCCUCCUGAUCAUCAUUUGUUUCGCCGAUUUACCAGGAGAAACGUCAUCGAGAGGAAGCGUGCGGAAAAUGGAUUAAAAGACGACUGGAUGAAUAGCCAUCUGAGAGGUUCCCAAUGUUGAACAUGUCCACCCCCAGUGAGCUGAAGUCUCCCUGCGUGACUCGCAACGGCAUGGUGAAGCUGCCCCCCAGCCAGCCCAACGGUCUGGGCAGUGCCAGUAUCACCAAGGGCACCCCUGCUGCCAAGAACCGCCUGUGCCAGUCCUCCUCGGUUCCCUCCAUACUGCCUCCUCCGCCAUCCUCCCAUCCCUACCACCACCACCACCACUUGGACAACACGGUCAUGCCGCAUUCAGCGGCCUCCAUUCUCGGUUGCGACCUGGAACCCGGGAAGCAGCUCGUAGGUCUCAAGUCGUCCCUCCGCCAACUACCCCCGCUCACUCUACCCAAACCCAUCCUGCUGGAGCGCCAGCUUGUCUUGGAUGAGAAGCUGUUAAAUCGACUACUCUGGUACUUCACCACAGCUGAAAAGUGCGUGCUGGCGCAGGUAUGCAAGACAUGGCGUAAGGUGCUGUAUCAGCCCAAGUUCUGGGAAGGCGUCACACCCAUAUUGCACGCCAAGGAGCUUUAUACCCUGUUGCCCAACGGAGACAAGGAGUUUGUCAGUCUUCAGGCCUUCGCCCUACGUGGAUUCCAGUCUUUUUGCUUAGUGGGUGUGUCAGACCUGGACAUUUGUGAGUUCAUUGAUAACUACCCCCUCUCCAAGAAGGGUGUACGUUCAGUCAGCCUCAAGAGGUCCACCAUCACCGACGCGGGAUUAGAGGUGAUGUUGGAGCAGAUGCAGGGUCUGAUGCAUCUGGAGCUGUCAGGGUGCAACGACUUCACGGAAGCCGGCCUGUGGUCCAGUCUAAACGCCCGCUUAACAUCACUCAGUGUCAGCGACUGCAUCAAUGUCGCGGAUGACGCCAUCGCUGCCAUCUCACAGCUCCUACCCAACCUAUCGGAGCUGAGCCUGCAGGCCUAUCAUGUGACUGACACAGCCAUGGCCUACUUCACUGCCAAACAGGGCUACACCACCCACACUCUGCGGCUUCACUCGUGUUGGGAGAUCACCAAUCACGGCGUGGUAAAUAUGGUGCACAGCCUUCCCAACUUGACGGCACUCAGCCUUUCCGGCUGCUCCAAAAUCACUGACGAUGGUGUGGAGCUAGUGGCGGAGAACCUGCGGAAGCUCCGCAGCUUGGACUUGUCAUGGUGCCCCCGAAUCACCGACAUGGCCCUGGAGUACAUUGCCUGUGACUUGCAUAAAUUGGAGGAACUAGUCCUUGACAGGUGUGUACGGGUCACCGACACAGGUCUGGGCUAUUUGUCCACAAUGUCAUCAUUGCGGAGCCUCUAUCUGCGCUGGUGUUGUCAGGUGCAGGAUUUUGGUCUGCAGCAUUUGUUUGGAAUGAGGAGCCUUCGUCUACUCUCUCUAGCAGGUUGCCCCCUACUGACCACCACCGGCCUAUCGGGCCUCAUUCAGCUGCAGGAUCUAGAGGAGCUGGAGCUGACCAACUGCCCGGGAGCCACCGCCGAGCUCUUCAAUUACUACUCGCAACACCUGCCGCGCUGCAUGGUUAUCGAAUAAAAACCACCAUCCCACCCUGGGCAACCAACCGCAAUACUUCCACCUUCCGCCUCGUUACUCUUCCUCACUCUCGUCAAAUGCCAGCCAGGAUACAGAACAUUGCUCCUCAUCUCCUGGCACCUCCACCCCACCCGCCCAUCUUCUUCCACACCCCAUUGAGUUUUGGCAGGAGGACUGAGAGGAGGGGAAGACAAGCGGGUGCUCCACGACCGGAUGGGGUUCGUUGGGCGAAGGAGAUACUGCGGCUUGCUAUGACGUCUUGUCUGGCCGUCAAUUUCUUUUUGGAAGGAGGUUUCAGACAAUAAACUUGGAUGCAGCUGUGACAAAGUGGUAUUAGAAAAACACAAAUACUGACUUUUUGUGUUCCUGUUUUGGUGGAACUCACACAUGUGCUUAUUAUACACUUUAACCACACUCACACAGUGUAUGUGGUCAGUGAAACAAGACCAUGAGUACUAACAGAUUUUUUUUCAUCACUAUGUAAAAUAGUCAUUUUUUUCCUCCCAGCUUCAGUGGUCAGACACAAACCAGCCGGUGAUGAAAUCCGACGUCUCGGAUGGAACUUCUCUUUCUCUUUUUUCCUCCCUCUUUGUGCGUGUGAUGUGUGUGUCAUGAUUCCAUAGGUUCCAUUUUUUUUCGGGGGG